CCUCUGUUGAGCUCCUCCCAAAGACAAAACCCUAUAUUAAUACCUACGCACACGUCUCAUUCAUUGUACCCUCCGAAAUCUACUUGACGUUAGAUACUCUCCCGCUCCUCCUUUACCUCGUGUGGCCCUUUCCUCUUCACAUCAUCAUCAUCAUAAAAAUAUCUCCCUAUCUUUCCUGUCUUCCCUAUCAAAAUCAUAUUCUUGAAAGGAGUGAACUGUGUUAGAUAUUUUAUUUUGAGAUCCGGCUUUGAGGAGAAAAUUCAGAUAAAAACAGAGAAUGAGGGGUUGUUGUGCAGUGGUAGAAGAUGGGUUCAUAUACGAAGAAGAGACGCAUUUCACAGUUCUCAAGACGUCCCUUUUCUUCGCCGGCGACGGCUUUACCGUGUAUGACUGCAAAGGACAGCUGGUUUUCCGAGUUGAUACCUACGGGCCCGACUCCGACAAGAGUGAGCUCGUUCUGAUGGACGCUUCUGGGAAAUGCCUCCUCACCGUCCGCCGCAAGAGGCCUAGCCUUCAUCAGAGAUGGGAAGGUUUCCUAGGAGAGAGGGUGGAGGGCCAGAAGCCAAUUUUCAGCGUGCGUAGAUCAUCAAUGAUCGGACGGUCGGGAUUGACGGUGGACAUGUACAACAACUCCGGCGAGGAGUACCACAUCGAGGGCUCCUAUGCACAGAGGUGCUGCGCAUUCUUUAAUGCGGAGAAGGAAUCAGUGGCUGAGAUUCGACGCAAAGUGGACGCUUCGGCGAAUGUGAUGCUUGGGAAGGACGUGUUCUGUCUUUCACUACGGCCUGGUUUCGAUGGGGCCUUUGCCAUGGGACUGAUCCUUGUACUCGAUCAGAUCUACGGUGAUGACGAGGUUGUUGAUGACAACUCCAAGGUUACCGUGCACCCCACCACCGAGGAUGCUUCUUAAUCUCGUACUUUGGACAUAUUUACCGGAGUAGCGUCGCUUUGUCUGCGCUUCACUUUGUGUUUAAAUAAGAGUUUCAGCACAUGCUCACUUCUUUUAUCAUGCAGUACUAUGCAGUAGUAAGUAGUAGUAUAUCAGUAAAUCCCUUUUCUUUUUUGGCUUUUGUUCCUCACUGGUGCUGCGGCCAUCCAUUGCGGCUUAACCCUUCUCACCAAAGUGAUUCAUUCCUUGUAUUGUAUAGCUUCACAGGGAUUAUUUUCCUUUCUUCGAAGUAUCGCAUUGUACGAUGUUCUUUGUCGGAUAAAUAAACAAAAGUCCUAAAUAUCUUUGCUUGA